AUGUCACCUCCGUUCGAGGAAAUUUCAGCCUCAAUUUUGGGUCAAAUUCCCUCGAAUGAUUUAGAAUACUCGCUACUGUUUGCUACCCUGGCUAAUACUAAAUGGUUUAUCUGCAGUAUUAGGUUGUAUAUUGGCUGCAUAUACCCUGGUAUUAUUAAACAUUGUAUUGUUUUUUGCAUACGCCUUUUCAACAGAAUAAGAGCUAUCUUAUCCGAACUUGACGUAAUAAAAGUUAUAGAUAGUGAAACUCCCGAUCCUCUAACCGACGAAUGGAUUAAAUCGGAACGAAUCGCAAAAAGUAUGCUGGUUGAGUAUUUGGCGGACUCAUUUCUUGGAUUUGCGAAAGAAGACAGCACAACUAAAGAGAUUUUGCAAAAUUUGGACACUAUUUAUGAGCGCAAAAGUUUAGCUACUCAGUUGGCACUUAGAAAAAAACUAUUGAGUUUGAAACUACAAGGUGAUACGUCAUUAAUACAACAUUUUACAAUGUUUGAUGAUCUAGUUGGUGAGUUAUUAGCAGCAGGAGCCAAAUUGGAAGAAACUGACAAAGUUUCACAUUUGCUGCUGACUCUCCCGAAUUCCUACGAUGGUGUAAUAACAGCAAUUGAAACACUAUCUGAAGACAGCCUGAGCUUGGCGUUCGUAAAAACUCGAUUACUUGAUCAUGAGGUCAAAUUAUCAAACGAAAACCGUGAUACAAGCAGAAAAGUUCUCCUCAUAGACAAGAAGAGUGAUACACCCGAAGAAAACCGUUUUAAAAUGUCUAACAUUCCAAAACGUCACAAUCAGUUCCCAAAAUUUCAUCAACAGAAUAAAUUUAAAGGUACCAGAAAGGCAAGCGGCCUAAAGUGCCAUCAUUGUGGAAGAAAGGGUCAUUUUAAAAGAGACUGCUUUUAUAAUAAGAAAGGGCAGGAAUAUAAAACCCCACAAAGGCAAAGAACUGUGCAAACUGUGAAGAUAAAUUGUAAUGAAGAAGACAAUCCAGGAUUUGCAUUUAUGGUUGGGACUCAACAGCAUAAUAUAGAUCCAAUGAAUAAAAUUACAUUUAUUUUGGAUUCUGGUGCCUCGGACCAUAUAAUUAAUAGAUCAGAUCUAAGUGGACAUUUUUCUACCCUGUUAUCACCAGUGAAGAUUUCUGUGGCGAAAAAUGGGCAAUUUAUAAGUGCAACUAAAAAGGGCUCUUUGGAAGUUACCAGCAAUUUGGGAAUUCAAGGAAUUCUAGAAGAUGUCCUCUACUGCCCUGAAGUUCCUUACAAUCUGCUAUCUGUAACGAAAAUGCAAAAUGCUGGUAUGACAAUACUCUUUAAUGAAAGAGGGGUUGAAAUUGCUAAAGACGGUAAGAUGGUAAUGAAAGGUAAGCCAUCAAACAAUAUAAUUUCUUUAGAAUUUAAGAUAAAUAUUGAGUCGAUAAACAAUAUUUCGCAUACAUUUAGUACAGUACAAGUAAACUAUGAAAUAUGGCAUCAAAGAUUAGGGCAUAUUGGUAAAAAUAAAUUCAUAGAAUUAAAAAAUAAAAAAAUGAUCGAGGACGAGGGUCUUAUAGAUCAUAUUACAGUUUCUGAUAAUUUAUGUGAUGCAUGUAUAAAAGGAAAACAAACUCGGUUACCCUUUAAUAAACAUAAAGAUAAAAAUUAUGUAAAGAGGCCGUUAUUUAUAGUACAUUCAGAUGUUUGUGGACCUAUAACGCCUUCAACGGUUAAUGAGAAAAAUUACUUUGUUUUGUUUGUUGAUCAGUUUACUCAUUAUUGUGUAACAUAUUUAAUUAAAAAUAAAUCGGAUACCUUUUCGUGUUUUAAAGAUUAUGUUGCAAAAAGUGAGGGUCAUUUUAAUUUAAAAAUUGUUAAUUUGUACUGUGAUAAUGGGGGAGAAUAUUUGUCCUCUGAGAUGAAACAUUAUUGUAUGGAGAAGGGCAUUAGUUAUCAUUUAACUAUUCCACGAACUCCACAGUUGAAUGGUGUGUCAGAGCGUAUGGUUAGAACAAUAACAGAAAAAGCUCGUACAAUGAUAAACGGUGCAAAUUUAGAAAAAGUUUUUUGGGGUGAGGCAGUAUUAACUGCUACUUAUCUAAUUAAUAUUACACCUACUAGGGCUCUGAAACAAUUUAAAACACCAUAUGAACUAUGGCACAAUAAAAGGCCACACAUAAAAUAUCUUAAAGUUUUUGGUUCUACUGUUUAUGUACAUAAUAAAGUCAGUAAAACAAAAUUUCAAGAAAAAAGUUGGAAAGGUAUAUUACUAGGGUACGAACCAAAUGGGUAUAAAGUGUGGGAAGUGGAAUCUCAAAAGUUUGUUGUAGUCAGAGACGUUAUAGUGGAUGAGACUAAUUAUUUAAUAUCAAGGCCUGUGUGUAAAGGGGUUAAUUUGCAAAAACCUCAAGAUAAAACUGAUCUUUCUGACAUGUCAAAAUCAGUGGUAAAGUCUCAUAACUCUGACAGUGCAAAACCAGAUAUAAAGAAAUCUGGGGCCCAAACUGAUGUUUCUGACCUAACGUCAAAAUCAGUAGUAAAUACGAAUGACUCCGAUACAAAUGAAUGUUUAUCUCAAGACAAACAAGGUUUAAAGCGUACUGCCUCUGAUCUAAGAAAAAGUGAGAGAAUUAAGCAAUUACCUUCUAUUUCUUAUAACGAAGAUGGUAUACCUGACUAUCUUUUGUGUGCUCAAUCAAUUAUCUGUAGUAUCCCAACUUCUUAUCAAGAAAUUAGGAAUAGGGAUGAUAGAAUAGAAUGGGAGCGUGCCAUAAGUGAUGAAAUUAAUUCUCUAUUAAUUAACAAUACAUGGACUUUAGUACAAAAGCCUGAAAAUAAGAAUAUAGUUGACUGUAAAUGGGUAUUUUCUCUUAAGAAUAAUGAAUUUGGAAACCCAAUAAAAUACAAAGCUCGUCUUGUAGCAAAAGGUUUUAGUCAAAAAUAUCAUAUAGAUUAUAAUGAAACUUUCGCCCCUGUAGCUCGAAUAUCAAGUUUUAGAUUUGUACUAGCUUUUGCAAAUCAACAUUGUUUACUAGUACAUCACAUGGAUGUAAAAACCGCAUUUUUAAAUGGUAAAUUAAAGGAAGAAAUUUACAUGAAGGUUCCUGAAGGAAUCAAAAGUAAUAAUAAUCAGGUCUGUAAGUUAAAUAAAGCCUUGUACGGAUUAAAACAGGCAGCAAGGUGUUGGUUUGAAGAGUUUGAAAAAGCUCUUAAACAAAAAGGUUUUAAAAACUCACCGGUAGACCGAUGCCUUUAUAUUUUAGAUAGAGGGGAUAUUUUAAAAAAUAUUUAUGUAAUAUUAUAUGUUGACGAUAUUGUAAUAGUUACAGCAAAUAGUGAAACAAUGAAUUGUUUUAAAUAUUAUUUAAUAAAUAAGUUUUUAAUGGUAGAUUUAAAAAAUAUUAAAUUAUUUCUAGGAAUUAGAAUUUCACAAGAUAAUAAUCAAAUGUGUUUAGACCAAAGUGCAUAUAUAAAAACAAUUUUAAAUAAGUUUAACAUGAACGAUUGUAAACCUGUCAAUAGUCCCCUUGAAAGUAAGUUAGACUACAUAGCAUUAAAUUCUGAUGAAACAUAUGAUGCCCCUUGUCGAAACGCUAUCGGAUGUCUAAUGUAUUUAAUGAUAUGUACAAGACCCGAUUUAAGUGUAGCUGUAAACAUCUUAAGUAGAUUUAUGAAUAAAUGCAAUAAUGAACUUUGGAAAUGCAUUAAAAGAGUAUUAAGAUAUUUAAAAGGUUCAAUAGAUAUUAAAUUAAACUACACACGACGGGUAUAUAAUGAAUUUUUAGUAGGUUUUGUUGAUUCAGAUUGGGGUGGUAGUGAAAAUACCGAUAGAAAAAGUACAACAGGUUAUUUAUUUCAACUAUUUGAAAAUUGUACUAUUUGUUGGAAUACAAAAAGGCAGAAUUCAGUCGCUGUCUCAUCAACAGAGGCUGAAUAUAUGGCUUUAUUCGAAGCUGUUAAAGAAGCAUUAUGGUUAAAAUAG